GCGGCCUCCGCCGGCCGCUCUCCGGGCGCGCCCGGGCCAGCCAUGGCGCUCAACAAUUUCCUCUUCGCGCAGUGCGUCUGCUACUUCCUGGCCUUCCUCUUCAGCUUCGCGGUGGUGGUGCCGCUGUCCGAGAACGGCCACGACUUCCGCGGCCGCUGCCUGCUGUUCACCGAGGGCAUGUGGCUGAGCGCCAACCUGACGGCGCGGGAGCGCGAGCGCUUCACGGUGCAGGAGUGGGGCCCGCCGGCCGCCUGCCGCUUCGGCCUGCUCGCCAGCCUCCUGUCGCUGCUGCUCGCCGCCGCGCACGCCUGGCGCGCGCUCUUCUUCCUCUGCAAGGGGCACGAGGGCUCCUUCCUCUACGCCUUCCUGAACCUCCUGGUCAGCGCCUCAGUGGUCUUCCUGGUCUUCAUCGCCAGCACCAUUGUGAGUGUGGGCUUCACCAUGUGGUGUGAUGCCAUCACCGAGAAGGGCACCGUGUCCCACAGCUGCGAAGAGCUCCAGGACAUCAACUUGGAGCUCAACGUGGACAACUCUGCCUUCUAUGACCAGUUUGCCAUCGCCCAGUUCGGCCUCUGGGCCUCGUGGCUGGCCUGGCUGGCCGUCACCAUCCUGGCUUUCCUGAAGGUCUACCACAACUACCGCCAGGAGGACCUGCUGGACAGCCUGGUCCACGAGAAGGAGCUGCUGCUGGCCAGGCCGGCCCCCCGCGCCUCCUUCCAGGAGGAGAAGAGCGCCGUCAUCUAGGUGCGGGCAGGGGACCCCGGCCCCCAGACACGGCCCCCCCCCCCGCCCUGCCUUGUCCCGGGGCUCACGGCCCCACCCGGGGGAGCAGCACGUGGGGGGGCCCUGCCUGGCCCCGCCUGCCCCUCACCUCGCGUGUCCCCACCUCAGCACCGUGCAAAGUGAGUGACCCCGCUCACCUGAGCCCCCCACCCCCGCCGUGCCAGUGGCGGCUGAGCAGGUGGGCACCCGCCCUCAGACAGGGCCUCGCAGGGGCCUCCUCCGGGCUCCGUGCUUGUGCAGCACGCCUGUCCGGGGGUGUCCGGACCCUCGGGCACCUCUGGCCACAGGGCUCGCCUGCUCACAUGGCCGGAUGCCGUCUCCACGCCGGCUUGCCCGGGUGUGAUUCUGUGUGCGAUUCUGUGACGGCAGCCCGUGUCCCCCGAGUGACCCCAGCCCGUGAUGGCCACAUGUCCCUCUUGUCCCGUGCCCCUGAGCAGUGUGUGGGACAAGAAUCCCAUGACCUGGGAGCGGGGGGUGCAGGAAGGAGCUCUCCGGCAGCGCACCCCCCACCCCUACCGCAGACCUGGGUUCCCUGUGCUGUUCCAUGGCCCCCGGUGGCCAGGCCUGGUCUCAGCGUCAAAGGCACAGGGCAGAGGUGUUGCCCUCAGUCAGUGGCUGUGUGGCUGCCCUGGAAAGUGGCCGUGGUGUCAGGGCUGGGCGCCCGCAUCUGGUUCCCCGUGUCCUCUGCCGCAGCACUUGCUAGGGGAGCAGGGACCCCCACCUGGCUCUGCCUGGAGGGUCCCUGGACCCCUGUAUUUGUGUCACAGUGAGGGGAGGUGGGGACGGGCUGAGGGUCACACCACCCCCUCGGAAGGACGGGAUGGGGCAGGUGUCUGUGCGAGCAUGUGAGUGCACGUGAGAGUGUGAGUGUGUCUGUGUGAUAUUAGUGUGUGUGUGACAAAGUGUGUGCACAUGCAUGUCAGUCUGCAUGGGAAGGCGUGUGAGUGUGUGAACUGUGAGCAUGCAGCUCUGUGUGAGCACAUGCACAUGAGUGUGAGUGUGCAUGCACACAGGAACACAUGUACAAAUGUGAGUGAGUGUGCAUAGGAAUGCGAGUGUGUUCACAUGCAUAAGUCUGUGAGCAUGAAUGGGAAUGUGCGCGCGCACAAGUAUGAGUGUGAAUGCGAGUGUGAGUGUGUGCUCAAGUGUGAGUGUGUGUGCACAGCUGUGAGAGUGAGUGUGUGUGUGCCAGAAGCUGUGAGCAGACAUCAGAGCUGGUGAGGACACAGCGGUUCCUCUGACCUUCAUCCACUGGGUCGCCUCCAGUGCCCCUCCCCCCCCACCCCGUGGAGGGAGGGGCUGCCUCCCCCGCUGGUGGUGGGGCCUGGAGCACUGAGACCCAGAGGGCGCAGCCCGGUCCGCACGGCACAGGUGGAGGAGCUGGGGGACCCGUGACCCCAGAGUUCAGUGAUGAGCACCCUGGAACUGCUUGGCUGUGGACCCCCCUCCUCACGGGGCUCCCCGGCUUCUGCGUCUGCACCCAGUCCUCUGAGUCCUGUCCAGCAGCGGGACACUGUGUUCUCGCGGCCUGGACUGACCCUCUGGCUGCUCCCCACCCUCCAGGGGAGGAGACACCUGGCUCCCCACAUCUGUGCCUCCCGCUGCCAGGGCCUGGCCUGGUCUCCCACGUGGGGGACACGCAUCUCCAGGGGCCAUGGAUGCUGGCCUAGGGCGAGGUGCCAAGGGGGCGGGCAGCCUGGGCCAGCGAGGGCAGGCUGCCAGUCACCUCCUGGCACCUCAGAGGCGCGCUGGCCCCGGGCCCCGGCCGAGAAUGCCGGACAGAGCAGCUGGCUUCCCGGGGGGAGCUGUUUGGGGAGAACUGAGGCCCCCAAGCAGAUCCAGGCCCCCCACCCUCGUAGACCAGCUGAGGGGACCCUCCCCCGAGAGCUUUGCUCUGUUCCCAGCAGCCGGCCAGGUGCAGGGCAGAGGAGCAGCGGCGGGAUGUGGCUUCUGGAGCCCGAGGGGCCGCUGCAGGUUUGUGACCUGGUCUGGGUCACAGGGAGCCAGUCUUGGGCAGUCCCCGGGGCAGGCUGGCCGAGACACGCGCCCACUUACCUAAAGGUGUCGCUUGCAGAGCGGGGUUGUAGCUGGCACAGACCCGUCUCCAGCCGGCGGGGGGCCUCCAGGGAAGGGACGGCUGGGUCCCCCGGGGCUGGGCAGGGAGGGGCCCGGGCUUCCUGAGGUCCGGCCGCCCGGUCGCUUCUGCUUCUUCCAGCUGCUGGUGGAUAACAGACAUCUUUGUUUUAAUUCUACUUCUGACGAAAACUGAAAGUAAUGAUUCUUAAGUGUAUCUAUUGCUCAACGUCCAAAUAAACAAACUCCUGCGCCUUGAAUGUGGACGAUGGAGCCGCCGUGUCCCCGUCCCCAAGCUCCAUCCA